AUUGGACAAUGAAGCAAUGCUGCCCUACUGACACCUGUCAAAAAAAUACCGGUGUGCUGCCCCAAAUUUGGGAAACGCUCAUCUCUCAAGGUCUUCAUCAAAUUAUGGAUCUACCGCAUCCUUGGACUUAGGAUUACUUUAGAAAUGGGUACACGAAAAUCUGGAAGCGGAGGAGGACGCGGCAAUGCAGGAGUUCUCAAGGAUAGGGCAAAUAUGUCCUUUAUGCUUGUGGUCAUGUUUUUUGCCGUCUUUGGACUUAUUGUUUUCACUGAAAUAUUUCUCAUAGACGAAAGGCAUGGGACCAAUGCGGCAAAUGGUGGAGCAAUUGCUCACCGAAAUGGACAUCGAUUAGCAGCUGCACCAGAUCGUCCAGAUUACGAAGAAGUUGGAGCUGAAGAUUAUAAGGGCAGCUUCGAUGAUCACGUUGGCUUGUUAGUCCAUCAGAUUCCACCAGAUCCACGAGCUUUGCCGAGCUUACCCCCCAGCUUAGAAGCUCGUCUCCCUCAGCUCGAUCAAAAGCUUCGAGUCACGCAUGCUGAAUGGCUUGCAGUUACUAACACCAGAUUCAAGUUCUUUGUUUAUUCGGCCUAUUUCGACGACAGAAUAGUGGGAGGAUCUGGGAAUCGAAAAAGUCCGGGAUUAAUUCGUGUUAUUGGGGCAACCAAAACAAAAAGUCCCGAGAGAGUAUGGUGUCGUCUUUGGUAUUCAGAUCAAAAUCUCACUUCUUCCACGACAGUUCCUGCCAAAGUUAAGGUCAUUAGAGAAAAUUGGAAUUUAAAGUACAGUGCUUGCUUUGUAAUAUGUCCGAUUCCAAAAGACUCUCCCACUAAGGAAAAAAUACCGGAGACAGUCAGUAUUGUUGCCAAACUUCGAGCAUCUCCCUCAAAUCGCAUUUUAGUGCAAAAUCGACCACACGCCAGAUCUGUGAAUAAAAAUAACCUUGCGAUUUGCGUCAAACCCUUACACUACGAUUACAAUCGGGUUUUGCAAUUAGUGGAGUUUAUUGAACUGUACAGACUCUUAGGUGCCACUCAUGUCACUCUUUACAAUGAUACGGUUGGUCCUGACGCUGGAUGUGUAUUGAGAUAUUACGAGCGAAAGGGUUACGUUACUGUACUCCCUUGGCAUCAUCUGGAUAUGAUCUCACAGAGGGAGAUUCGUACCGAAGGAUUAUUUGCUGCACUAAAUGACUGCCUCUAUCGAUCGAUGUAUACCUUUGAGUACGUCGCUUUGGUGGAUUUGGAUGAGUUCAUCAUUCCCAGACACGAUAAUACAAUAAUCGAGCUUAUACGGUGGAUGGGCACACGAAUCAGCACAAAAUCAACGGGAGCAUUUUCAUUUCAAAAUGCAUUCUUCUAUCUUCAAUGGGCCGAUGAUCCGUACAUAGCAAGCAGUCGAAAUCCCUCAGAAACUCAUCUCAUCACAUUGAGAAAAACGAGACGUCGAUUAAAACUUCAUCCACAUAAGCAACGAUCGAAAUACGUUUGCAAACCAAAAGAAGUUGUUGAAGCGGGAAAUCAUUUUGUCUGGGAAUUAAUUCCCGGUCAUGGAACAGUGAAUGUUCCACCUGAUGCAGCAAUUUUGCAUCAUUAUCGUGUUUGUGAAUUUGGUGGGGAUGAUUGUGUUAAAACUCAAUCCGUUGUUGAUAAAACGGCCUAUAAAUAUAUUGAAAAAUUAACAAAAAAUGUACAUAGAACGUGUAAAGAAUUAAGUAGUGAAUGUUCUUUACCGGAACUUAAAAUAGCAUUAAAUAUAUCGAAAAAUAAUUCCAAUAAUAUUUUCGAUAAACGACAUAAUUUUAAUUUGAUGAAUAAAAAAAAUAUUAACAAAAAUAAACAGAAUAUCAAUAAAGACGAUGAUGAUGAUGAUAAUAAUAGAAUAGAAAAUGAUAGGAAAAUUCUUUUACAAAAAUUAGCGAAUACAAUUGAUAAAAAUCAUUAUCAAGCUAAUGAUAAUGAUAAAUUUGAUAAUAAUAUUAUAAUUGUAGUUAUUAUUCUCAUUGCAGUUGCGAUAAAACUAAAAUGGAUUUUCAAUUAUUUAAAAUGGUGCUAAUGAAAACAUGUUUUCAAAUUCCUUUUUAAUAUUCAAUUUGAAUUCAAUUUGUUUAAGAAUUUGUUCAAGAAAUAUUUAUACUGUCAUCAAUCAUGAUUUUUGAUAAAUUUAUUUGUACACAAUUUUUAGUCUUUCCAUAAAAGCAAAAUAAUUAAUUAACAUCAAGAGUCGAAUUUCGAUGUGAUUUUCCGAAAAGAAAUUUUAUGAAAAUGACUCGUU